AUGAGCUCGCUGAGAGUCAGUGAUGUGCAGCAAGUGGCGCGGCUGCAGAAAGAAGCUGGCCAUUGUCAUUUAAUUAAAUUGCUAAAAUGGGAAGCUUUUGAUGAAGAGAAAGAUUUAAAACCGGGCAUUCUUCUUGACUAUUUAUACAAUGCUAUUAUAUUUGCUGCUGGGAAAGGAUUUCCAUGGCCCAGUGUGGCACUGGCAGUACAUUUUGCAGAGGAGCUACGUUAUGAAACUGAAGGAACAACUAUGCAAGAGGCCCUUCGUAAACUGAGAGAUAAAUGCAACGAAUACCAACAUAAACUGAAUCCUGGUCACCUCCAACAAUUAGUCAAUUAUUUAUUUGGAACCUUCUUUAGACAUUAUCGUCUCUACCAAUUUGUACUGUGUGAAGCCAGAGAGAUUGAUCAAAUCAUGCAUAACCUCGAGGUCCACAUACCUCCAGAAAUACCACCUAUGAAAGAUGGAAUCGAUGCUGAGCUUUGGAAGCAUCAGCAGCACAUGACUGAACUCAGUAAGACUGAAGCUCAGUUGCAGGCUGAUAUGUCAGCUUUCCGUGAGAACAUGCAACUGAAAAGUGAACAAGAACUAGAGAAAUUUUAUGAAGAUCUCAAAUUUCAAGAUAAAGAAGUGAUUGAAAGAGAGAAUCUGGAAAAAGUUGUCAAGAAUGCCCAUGGUAUACAGAUAAUGGUAGUUUCUGAAAUUCUGCAAAAAGAGAUUGAAACAGCAUUUCAAAUCCUAGAUUUAAAAAUCCAGAAGACAAUCACAGCCCCUCCAGGUUCCAAAUCAUCUCGAUCUUUUACAAAGGAAAGUAAAACUAAAAGAAUGAGUAAUAAGGAAUAGGAACAUUUUAAGGAUGCAGUUUUAUUAAUUGUGACAUUUUUAUGAAGAAAAUAAAGCUUAUGCACAAUAUGAAAAAAUCUGGUUAUUUCAUUGAAUGAAAGUCAGUAAUCAAAGCCAUAUUCAUUUUCACAUUUAUUGGAAAUUUCUUGUUAGGUUAUUGACUUGCAUUAGUAUACUUACAUACUUGAAAAUGAUGUGGUUAUAUUAUGCGUGUCAUAGAUGCUGAUCUUUUUCACCAUUUUUCCAGUUAACCAAAUAACAAAAGUGAGCAUUUGAAGUAUGCCUUGAGCUGUUUUUUGUACUAUUUAUACCAUGCCAAGAAUAAAUGACAUCUUUAUAAUUAUACUUUCCAUUAUAUUAAAACAAAUAAUUUGUCUUGAAGUUACUCUGGUUUAUUUUUGCUUGUUGUGCUCUGUUUAAUCCAGUUGUCUGAAUUCUUUACCCAACUUUCUCAGCAUGCUGGAUUUUAAUUCUGAAAAAUUGUUGGGAUUUGAAUGAGUUACAUCUUGUCUUAUAUAUUUCGUGCGUUUCAUGGGUUUUUUUACACCUUACUGAAUUGGGUACACUUCAAAUAAUUUGGAAUAACUAACAUCUUAUUAUAGCCCCUGAUAAAUAAUUAAUCUUAAACCUCAAUUUCAUGAUAUUUAAUAAACAGUAAUUUUAUAACCCAUAUACAUUUAUUGUAAAAGUUUGUCCUUACCACAACAUGCAGUGUUUUUAGAAUUUCAUUCAUAAUAUUAAUUAACUUCUAGUAGCCAAAUUAAUUAUAAAUAUUAAGUUCUGCCUUUACUCAAAGUUCAAAUUUUAUAGCAGAAAAAAAAUCCUUUCUAGUGGAGUCACUGGUCCCAGAUGAUGUUAUUCAGUGAGUUUUUCCAGAUUGACAUCAACAAGUGUUCAUUCCUCAGCCUGAUGACUGUAGUAAAAUAACCACAAACAUCCUGAUGGAGAGGCAAUGUAGAGUAGAAGCAGUGUUAUCAGGCAGGAAACAGAGCUCUGUCCACAUCCUCCAGUUCAGAAUCAAAUUCCCAAACUUGGAAAAACAGACAAUGGUCAUGGUUGGUUAAUCAAUUGCAUUUCAUUUUAUUCUAAAUCAGUCAAACAGAUUUCAGUACAAACUAGUUCAGUAAACAGACUUUAAAUUGCAAUUGAACUUUUACUUAAGAAGUCUAUACAAAUUGAAAACAAAACAAUGUACUGAUUGGUAUUAUUAGUAGCUUUGUCAGAAUUACAAUCCAGUUGUGAACGCAUCAAAAAUGUCAGUUUUGCAUAAUGCAUUUUAUCAAAUGCUAGUAAAAUUUGGUGAAUCAUUAAACUGGAACAGGGUAAUAACUAUGCAUAUUAUGCACAUUGUAAAAUAGGACAUCUAAACAAGGCAUGGAUACGUUUCAGCACUAGCAUGUCUACAGAUUUAACAUUUUAUUUUGAAAUUUCUUACAGACAUUUACAAAAACAGGAAAAAAAAUCUGUUGCCAAUCAGACAUGAUGUAGUUUAAGAACAAAAUUACUGCUGAUCAAUUAUUGUAUCAAAACAAGGUCUUCUUACCAAACUGAAUGGAUUACAAAGACUUUCUGAUAAUUGAAGAUAGCACGUAGUAAAGAAUAAUUGAGCACAGAUAGUUGUUAAAGAAACAAAUAAAACCCUAUAUUGAUAUCAUGCUUUUCAUGACCACUGGACUGUUCACUGUACUUUACAGACAUUGAAGUACUUCUGAAGUGUAACUGCUGUUAUAAUGUAAUGACAAAGGAUCUAAAUGUUAGGAUGAUUUCAAACAAGUGUGUUAUAAAAACAUUUUAUUUUAAUUAUGCUUGGACAUAUUCUUAAUAAAUCGAUACA